AUGCCAAAAACUUCAGAGAUUCUGUACUAUUUGGUGCAUGUGCAGGAACUGCGCUCCAUAAUCCAAUGGAAAGUCUGGCACAAUGCUGUGCAUGAGCGCGACGAAACCAAAGAGUCCGAGACGACCAAAGAAUGCUUCAAGUACCUAGACCUGACCAGUCGAAGUUUCUCGGCUGUCAUCCAGGAACUCCACCCGGAAUUGCUGCUCCCUGUUUGUGUUUUCUAUCUGUGCCUACGUGGCUUGGAUACAAUCGAAGAUGAUACGUCCAUUCCUGCAAAGACGAAAGAACCCUUACUUCGAAAGUUCCACGAAGCCCUCAAGGUUGAAGGAUGGCAUUUCGAUGGGAAUCGACCUGAAGAGAAGGAUCGAGAACUGUUGGUCAAUUUCGGGUGUGUCACGGCAGAAUUUAGCAAGAUGAAGCCUGCAUAUCAGGAGAUCAUAACCGACAUCACUCAAAAGAUGGGGAAUGGUAUGGCGGACUAUUGCUUAAAUGCCGAGUUCAACGAGAAGGGAGUGAACACAGUAGAGGACUACGAUCUCUACUGCUGGUAUGUUGCGGGGAUUGUUGGAGAAGGUCUGACCCGAAUGUUUGUGGAAAGCAAGUUUGGCAACCCAGCUCUGCUGGAAAGGAACCACCUACAUCGUUCUAUGGGACUAUUCUUACAAAAAGUGAACAUCACUCGAGAUGUGAAGGAGGAUUUCGAUGACCAACGGCGAUUCUGGCCAAGAGAAAUCUGGUCGAAACACGUUGACAACUUUGAGGACCUCUUCAAGCCGGAGUACAAGGAACAAGCACUGAACUGCAACUCCGAGAUGAUUUUGAAUGCAUUGGACCAUGCUGAUGAGUGUUUGUUCUAUCUGGCCGGGCUGCGUGAACAGAGCGUGUUCAAUUUCUGUGCGAUCCCGCAAACGAUGGCUAUUGCCACACUGGAUUUGUGUUUCCGGAAUUACGCUAUGUUUCAAAGAAACGUCAAAAUCACCAAAGGGCAGGCUUGUGGGAUUAUGAUUGAAUCAACGCAGAAUCUUCAACUUGUUACAGAAGUAUUUACACGGCAUAUCCGAUCAAUCCGAAAGAAGAACCGACCGCAAGACCCCAACUAUUUGAAGAUUAGCAUUGCAUGUGGAAAGGUGGAGCAAUUCAUCGAGUCUAUUUUCCCGACGCAGAAGCCGGAAGAGGCUGCAGCCAUCGCGGCCGCAGAAGGCCGGCCGACACCGGUUGUAAGGGAGAAGACGGCGGAGGAACAGGCAGCGGAGAGAAAGGAGAUGUACAUCUUGGUGGCGGUAGUGUUAGGAUUUUUGCUGAUGGUUGCUGGCACUAUGGUUGCUGUUGCGUGGGCCAUGGGAGCACGCUUCGAUCUUGCAUUUGUCGAAGUGAAGCAGACGUGGGAUCAACUCUGGGGUGGCAACCUGACAGCGGGAGCAGGAAGCAAGCCACUGGGCUCGAACUUGAGCAGUCACGAGGAAUUGUGA